CUCCAAUCCGUUCCUCCCCGUAGCCUCCUCACAGAGCUACAGAACCUGGCGCACCUGAGACCCCAGGAAGCACCGAUCAUCCCAGCCCCGGCCCUGCCAGCCCCGCCGACGACGAACCUCGGGGCUCAACCUUCGAAGGAUGACAUUCGGGAGGCCCUUACAGACCGUGACCAUGUCUACAAGGGCCUCCUCACCAGCUCUGAGCAUGCCCUCGAGGUGAAGGAACAGUACAUGUCGCUCAAUGACAAGAAGGGGCGGACAAAUGUUCCAGCUGCGACGGACUUCCCGGCGGAUUUUGCGGGCCAGAGCGAACUGGUGCGCCGAUUGUUCGUGGCCAUGACGGACAUCGAGUCAGCCAUUGACGAUACUCGUCAAAAGAGGAAGUCCAACAAGAGGAAGGCUGGUGAGUUGGAGGACGAGGAGGAAGAGCCACAGGAAGAUGCUGGGAUAGCCGACAGCACUCAUGUGGCUCGGAUAAAGAAUGCCGCCAAUCUCGAGAUCGAGAUUGCUUGCUGGGACACUCUGGUUAGUAUCUAGAUCUGCUGCUAACUUGCCACGAACAUUGAUUAACUCAGCAAAAUAGAUUGCAGCAAAGGAGGCUCAGGACGGCAUUGUCCACGCAGGCUCAUGGAGGGGCGUGACCUGGCAUUACGACAAGUUCCCGACCUUCAUGGAAAGGUUCGAAAAGAUCGAGUAUGCCUUCAGGGUAAGCAUUCGUCAAUCCUCUCACCUCUAACCAGCUUGCCAAUUCUGACUACUAUCCCAGCACUCCAAGGGCGCAGUCCACGGAGUGAUGACCAGUGACUUCGCUCGGCGAUUGGCAGCGGCUCCCAACCAGGAGUACAAGGUAAGCUU